AUGAAGAUAUCCUCACCCAUCACCAUGGCCUAUCCAGGUCCGCCACGCAGAGCCGGUGGUCUGGUACGAUACGCCGCACUCGCCGUUGGACUGAUAGGCUUAUUAUGGUAUCUGAGAUACUCGGCGCCCUCGUUCACCUCUGUACACCAACCUGUCGAGGUGACGCCCUCACAUCUGCCCACGAUUCCUUCGCAGCAGAACCCUACAGGACCAGACAUCAAGCCGACAGAAGCACCGUCGCCCGAAGUACAGACCGAGCACCCUAUCACCACACCCAAGACGAGCGCGCAUCCGAUCGAUGAACUAAUCGAAGCUGCAGAGAAGACAUAUGAGGAUCUGCUGAGCAAGGAGAGUCAUGAUUUGAAGUCUGCGGCCGCAGAAUACCGGAAUCGGAGAGGGAGACAUCCUCCGCCAGGAUUCGAUGUCUGGUUCAAGUUCGCACAAGACAAUGGAGCGGUUAUGGUGGAAGACUUCUUCGAUCAGAUCUACCAUGAUCUAGGACCAUUCUGGGGACUUCCACCAUCAACGAUGCGCAAGGAAGCUUGGGCGUACGAGAUGAAUAUCAAUGUCCGAAAUCACAACGCGAGUACAGGAAGCGGUUGGUUCUGGACACAGAUAUGGUUGAAUUUGACACAGACGAUUGAACAUCUUCUGCCAGACAUGGACAUUGCGCUGAACGCCAUGGACGAACCGCGAGUGGUAUUGCCAUGGGAGCAAAUCAAUAAAUACAUGGAGAUUGAACGCGCUACGCGAAACAUGCCACCACCGAGCGAGGUUGUCUCGGAAUUCUCGUCCCUGUCAAACAAACCCGAUCCCGACGUCAAAGUUCAUCCCAAGGAAUGGACUGAAUAUAGACCUUACUGGAAGAUCGCGACCCGAGGAUGCCAUCCCAACAGUCUGGCACGAAAGGCUGAUAUCCUGACCGACUUCUCGCAUACUCCCGAUAUCUCUCUCGCGCACACACUUCCACAUACCUACAAAGGUUAUGUCUCGAAUUUUACCCUUUCCUCAGAUCUCUGCCACCAACCAGAUCUCCAAUCCCUACAUGGCAUGAUGAUCGAUCCUCUUUCCGUGUCUGCAACCAAGACUCUAUUCCCAAUGUUUGGUGGAUCCAAACUUCCAACCAACAAUGAAAUCCUCCUUCCGGCCCCCAUGUACUGGAAUAAUGAGGAGAGAUUCAGCGGAGGAGAUGACCACGGCGAAGACUGGGUCAACAAACAAAACAAAGUCAUUUGGCGGGGUGUAGCAACUGGAGGAAGAAACAAAGCUUCAAACUGGCGGGGCUUCCAACGUCACCGUUUCGUCGCAAUGACAAACAGCACCCAAGUUUCAGCAGCAGAAGACUGGAGCCAGAUCCCCCAAAACUGGGCUAUGCCUACCUCGCAAUUCAACUUGGCUGCUCAGCAAGAAAAUCGAUUGGGAGAAUGGACUGGAGAGUGGGCGGAUACAGGAUUCGUGGAUCUGAUGUGUUCGCCGAUAGAGGCUAAUGGAACAUGCAACUACACGUCUCCUUACUACAAAAUCACACCUGGGAUGAAGAUGGCAGAUCAAUUCGACCGAAAAUACCUCCCGGACAUCGACGGCAACUCCUUCUCCGGCCGAUACCGCGGAUUUCUGAUGUCCACUUCUCUCCCCAUCAAGGCUACCAUCUUCCGAGAAUGGCACGACUCGAGAUUGGUUCCCUGGAAGCAUUUCGUCCCUAUGGAUAACCGCUUCAUGGAUUUUUGGGGCAUCAUGGAAUACUUCCUCGGGUACGAAGGGGAGAACGUUAAGAUCGAAGGACACGAUAAACAAGCGGAGAAGAUAGCAAUGAGCGGCCAAGAAUGGGCAAACAAGGUGCUACGGAAGGAAGAUAUGCAGAUAUACGUCCUGCGACUCCUAUUAGAAUACGCGCGAAUCAGCGACGAUCGAAGGGAUAAGAUGGGGUGGGUUGGGGAUUUGUUGUAA